GUCCGGGCCCGCGGGGCGCCCUGAGGCGCGGGGACGCCGGCGGGCCGACCCGCAGCCCGCCGCCGCCGGCCCGGCCCCGCCACCGCCGCCCGCGGGGCUCCUCGGCGCGGCCGCCGGGGCCGGGGGAGCAUGAGCCCCGCGACCCGCCGGGGGACGGCCCGGGCCCGGCCCGGGAUCUAGACGGCCGUGGGGGAGGGGAGCCGCCCUCCCGCUCCGGAACCGCCGGGCGCUCGACGCCGCGUCGUCGGCCGCCGCGGCCGCGCUGUUUUGUUUCACCCUCGCGUUGUGCCGAAGUGAAGUGAAGUAAAAUGUCCACUAGGACCCCGCUGCCGACGGUGAAUGAACGGGACGCUGAGAACCACACAUCACAUGGAGACGGGCGACAAGAAGUUACCUCUCGCACCGGGCGUCCUGCAGCGCGGUGUAGAAACUCGAUAGCUUCCUGUGCAGAUGAACAACCUCACAUUGGAAACUACAGACUGUUGAAAACAAUCGGCAAGGGGAAUUUUGCAAAAGUGAAAUUGGCAAGACACAUCCUUACAGGCAGAGAGGUUGCAAUAAAAAUAAUUGACAAAACUCAGUUGAAUCCAACAAGUCUACAAAAGCUCUUCAGAGAAGUAAGAAUAAUGAAGAUUUUAAAUCAUCCAAACAUAGUGAAGUUAUUCGAAGUCAUUGAAACUGACAAAACACUCUACCUAAUCAUGGAGUAUGCAAGUGGAGGUGAAGUGUUUGACUAUUUGGUUGCACAUGGAAGAAUGAAGGAAAAAGAAGCAAGGGCUAAAUUUAGACAGAUAGUGUCUGCAGUCCAGUACUGCCACCAAAAGCGGAUCGUUCACAGAGACCUCAAGGCUGAAAAUCUAUUGUUAGAUGCUGAUAUGAACAUUAAAAUAGCUGACUUUGGUUUUAGCAAUGAAUUCACUGUUGGCGGUAAACUGGAUACGUUUUGUGGCAGUCCUCCGUACGCAGCCCCAGAGCUCUUCCAGGGCAAGAAAUAUGACGGGCCGGAAGUGGACGUGUGGAGCCUCGGCGUCAUUCUUUACACUCUAGUCAGCGGGUCGCUCCCCUUUGAUGGACAGAACCUAAAGGAACUGAGAGAGAGAGUAUUAAGAGGGAAAUACAGAAUCCCUUUCUACAUGUCCACAGACUGUGAAAACCUUCUCAAACGUUUCCUGGUGCUAAAUCCAAUAAAACGAGGCACUCUAGAGCAAAUCAUGAAGGACAGGUGGAUCAACGCAGGGCAUGAGGAAGAUGAACUAAAACCAUUUGUUGAACCAGAACUGGACAUCUCAGAUCAGAAAAGGAUAGAUAUUAUGGUGGGAAUGGGAUAUUCACAAGAAGAAAUUCAAGAAUCUCUUAGUAAGAUGAAAUACGAUGAAAUCACAGCUACGUAUUUGUUGUUGGGGAGAAAAUCUUCAGAGCUGGAUGCUAGUGAUUCCAGUUCUAGCAGCAAUCUUUCACUUGCUAAGGUUAGGCCAAGCAGUGACCUCAGCAACAGUACUGGCCAGUCUCCUCACCACAAAGUGCAGAGAAGUGUUUCUUCAAGCCAGAAGCAGAGGCGGUACAGUGACCAUGCUGGACCAGCUAUUCCUUCAGUUGUGGCAUAUCCGAAAAGGAGUCAGACCAGCACCGCAGAUAGUGACCUCAAAGAAGAUGGAAUUCCCUCCCGGAAACCAAGCAGCAGUGCUGUUGGAGGAAAGGGAAUUGCUCCAGCCAGUCCCAUGCUUGGGAAUGCAAGUAACCCCAAUAAGGCAGAUAUUCCUGAACGUAAGAAAAGCUCCACUGUCCCCAGUAGCAAUACAGCAUCUGGUGGAAUGACGCGGCGGAAUACUUAUGUUUGCAGUGAAAGAACUACAGCUGAUAGACAUUCAGUAAUUCAGAAUGGCAAAGAAAACAGCGCUAUUCCUGACCAGAGAGCUCCAGUUGCUUCAACACACAGUAUUAGCAGCGCCACCACCCCGGAUCGAACCCGCUUCCCAAGAGGCACUGCCAGUCGUAGCACUUUCCACGGCCAGCCCCGGGAGCGGCGCACUGCCACGUAUAACGGCCCACCUGCCUCACCCAGCCUGUCCCAUGAAGCCACACCAUUGUCACAGACUCGAAGCCGAGGCUCCACUAAUCUUUUUAGUAAAUUAACUUCCAAACUCACAAGGAGCCCAUUUGCUGAGACGUCGCAUUCUGGGCUGGGCAGAAGAACACGAUGGCCUGAAGGGCCUUGCCAGAUUUGGGGCGCCCAUUUGUGGCCAGCAAGAGAGACAAUGAAUUCAACCGAAGAAAGAGUCUAUGACCCCCAGAACAAUGCAUUGCUUCCUUUCAGGGCCAUCCCAGGGACUAUUCCAAGCCUCCCUGUGCCUUAACUCCUUCCUCAGAGACUAAGCUGCUUAAUAUCAACUAGUAUUUUGCCCUCUGGUCCCUGAACACAGAAGGGAUAUGUGACAGUCAGGUCUGUCUAAGCUCCAGUCAGAGAGAACAAUCAGCUUUGUGUCCUUACACUUUGGUCUGUAAUGGGCCCUUUAAAUAAAGCCUUGCACGUAAUUAAAACCCUUGAAUUUAUUUGUCUGCUUUGUGGGUUGUUAUUUUUUUUUUUAAUCAUCCUAAUACUAUCAUUGAUAAAAAUAAUAUCAGCCACAAUAUACUGAAUGCUUACUGUGUGCUAAGAUAAAUAGAUGUCUGUAGAUUUAUAGAUAUAGAAAUACUCGUUUUAUAUACAUAAAUAGGUAUGUGUGUAUACACAUACAUGCAUUCUUUCUCACACACUCAUUUAAUCACAAUCUACCCUGUGGAGUAGACAUUAUCCCAGUUUUAUAGAAGAAACUGGAGGCAAGGUUCAGAGAGAUUAAGGCACAUGUUCAAGAUCCUACAGCAGAAGAGUGCUGAGUCAGGUCCAUGGCUCUAGAAGGAUCCCCUGAGCCCACCAUGUAAUGUCCCUGGUAGAAAACAGUAGAGGAUUGUUGUGGACGUGAGUCCUUUUCCCUCAUUUUCUAAUUAAAUUUAUUUCAUAUAUUUGAAAUUGGAGGCUGAGGGGGUCAUCUGAUUUUAUAAUUUCCAUCCCCAAAUUUUUGCAGAAAGUCUUCUAUUUGUUAGUCUGCAAACUGAGACCUGGUAUACUUCAGUUGCAGUCACUUCAUUCUUAAAAGCAGUCAGAGUCCUUGCUGCUGCAGUGUAAAUUUCUUAUCUUCCCCUAACAAUAAUUGAGAGGAUUAGAGUUCUAGUGCCGGAAAGGCUCAGGCGUUGGCACUUAGAUGCCCCAAGGAGACCUGCCGUGACAUGGUGGGAAGAGGACUGGCAUCAGAAAACUCACCCUCUGCUCCUGGCUGUGCUCUGAAUAUUGUGAGAGCUUUAGAGAGCUGUAGGCUCAGGCCACUCAGAGUCACCUGUGCUCUGCGGGCAGAACAGCCCAGACACAAAUGCGGGUGCCUUUGUGCUCCUAAGGUUCGUCCACCUGGUCCUGGGUGGAGCGUGAGGGCCGUAGUCCCGCUGCUUCCUCCUCUUUAUACCUCAAGGGAUUUGUGGGAGGAAAAGUUAAGAAAAUCAGUCCUGCGGGUACCAGUCCUAGGGUACCAAAGUCCCCUUGACUUUUCUCAGGUAGAACAUUUGGAAACGAACGUAACGUUUUAAAGAGCUUUUAAUCAGUCUUCACGUGCAUGAUCUUUCCUACUGUGUGUAACCCUGCUGUGUACCACUUUUGAUCUGACUAUGGAGUGAUUGGUGGUUAUCUCCAGUAGUUAGGUACUUUUUAAAUUGGUAGGUAUCUGAAGCAAUGCCAAAGUCAUCCCAAAUUAGAAAAAAAAAACAACUGAGGAAGUUAUUACUUUAGUCACUCAGCAAAUACAUUUGAGUGCCUCCUGUGCUCUGUCGCAGAAAUGAGAUUUAGAAAUAUUCUGACAAACCCGGCUCAAGCUCACCCAGGAAUGCUUGUUGCAUGAUCAUACAAGCCUGAGCCAUAGUUUGAAAUUUCUUCUGUCAAAUUCAGUUCAGUACAACCUAAGCAUCUCCUUAAAUUUUUUUUAACAAGCAAAGUCACUUCUUUUAAAUACAACUCUUUCGUUUAUUACAUAAAACAUAAAAAUGAAACCCCCAGUGUUGUCAUUUAAUUUUCAUUCAUUUUGAUAUCUAAAGAUCAAAAAAGUCUACUUCAUUUUAAACUCCCAGUGCUAUAUGUCAGUUUUAUCAAAACUGGAAGGUAAAAACCUCCAAUGACCUUUUUUUUUUAAAGUGAUUUCUAUCAAACCACUGUAACAGAUGUUCUAUUAACAUAUAAGUCAUCCUCCUGAGAUGUCAUGCUUCUCUUCAUGGGUAACAUUUUAUAAUGAAAUUGCUUAAUGUUUCUGUAUAAGGUGAUAUUUUUGUCUAUAAAAUAUUCUGGAGAAAAUUGAGAAAUGUUAUUUUAUUUGUAGUACAUUGCAAAUGACUUCUCUAACACAAGAUGUUGAAUUUUAUUAUCUUAAGGUAUACCCAUCCGAAGAACCUUAAAACAUUUAAUUAUAGCUAAUGUCAAUAUUUAUUGCUAAAUUUUUUCUUACAAGUACAGAUUUUUUAUAUUUCUUUUUAAAAGAUCACGUACUCAAUUAUUUGUGAUAAUUUUACUUUUUCAUCAAAUAUCAAUGUUUCAUUGUUCGUUGGACAGGAGAGGAGCCCUGUUUUACUUGCUGUUUUUUGUUCUGUCUGUAAUUGACUAUUCAACUUGUGCAAGUCAUUUUUGUUAAUUUUUUUUUUUUUGGCUUAA